UUGGGGCCAACCACAAAAAAGGGAUAACAAAAAGACUAUUUAUUCCUCCCACGCGCGAAAUCGACACUCCGCGCACAAACAUACGACUGGGAUCGAGACAGGGCUUGCCCUCCGGGUUGCUUCGGGGAAAAUUGCUGCCCAGUAACUGCUGAGCAAGCUCCGCAAAAAAAUCAUCUACCGAACACUCGGGAAUGAACUGCACGCAUCAUACAACACACCUUGCCUUGUCUCAGUUAUUCCUUUUUCGCUGCAAUCGGUACACUUUCUCCGCGAUUAUCUUCCUAUCAAUUCUGCCAUAAUUAGUCCGUGCUCAUCCGUCCGAUCAACGCCGCGAUCCUUCCAUCCUCUCCCUACUUCCUUACUUCUGCGGUAGUUGGGUUCCGCUAUCGACAGAUUUGCCCCAGAAAAUGGCAUCGAAUUUAAGGCUCCAGCCGCGGCGGGAGUACCACAUCGUCGUGCUGGGCGCUGGCGGUGUCGGGAAGAGCUGUUUAACAGCACAAUUCGUCCAAAAUGUGUGGAUUGAAAAUUACGAUCCGACGAUCGAAGAUUCGUAUCGCAAACACCUUGAAGUCGAUGGACGACAAUGUGUUCUAGAAAUCUUAGAUACCGCUGGAACGGAACAAUUCACUGCGAUGAGGGAGUUAUAUAUGAAGCAGGGUGAAGGGUUUCUCCUAGUGUUUUCGAUCACAAGCAUGUCCUCCCUCAACGAGCUGGCCGAACUCCGCGAACAAAUCAUUCGCAUAAAGGAUGAUGAGAACGUUCCUAUUGUGAUUGUAGGGAAUAAAUCCGACCUCGAAGAAGACCGUGCGGUUUCGCGGUCAAAGGCCUUUCAGCUCUCACAACAGUGGGGCAAUGCUCCGUAUUACGAAACUUCAGCGCGGAGGAGAGCCAACGUUGACGAAGCUUUCAUUGACCUCUGCCGGCAAAUUAUACGCAAAGACAUCCAAGCAACGAAGGAUCGGGACCGAGAACAGAAUCCAGCGAGAAGGAAAGAUGGCCAGAAGCGAAGUAAAAAACCAACCAGGAAAAAGGGAAAGCGACCCGACUGCGUUAUUCUUUGA